AGAAAACAAAUAUAGUUCGAGAAACGUAUAGAAAAAUCUUACGAAUAGGAUCAUUGAUUGAAUUUGUGUUCGAAGUGUUCGAUUCGACCAGCUGAAAAGUCGUAAAAAGUCAAACGUGAUAAUUAAAUUAUCAAAAUAUUUUUUAAGUUUUGACAUUUCAUUACAGAAAAAUUGGCAGAUACAUACAAUAAAUCCGUGCUGAAAAAAUUAUUGCAUCAUGUUGUCGCGUAUGUGCGUAGCACGAUCCACCAUCAACGUAGGCUAUACCCUCAAAUCAUCAGUUCCCAGUAAUUUUGUACCUAAGACUUAUGUCGUGCGGUGUUAUGCACGAGCCCCAGGAUCCCGUACCAGAGUUGCUUCUCAAUCACAAGCAUCAUCAUUAUGGUCACGACUGAUGGCCCCAGCUGGACCUAAUGCAUUCAGCAUGGGAAAGGGUGCUUUGGCCGGGGCAUCAGCUGUUGGCUUGGGCGCACUUUGUUAUUAUGGUUCAGGAAUAAGGCCUGGUGUGUGCACAGAAGCACAUCUCUGGCCACAAUAUGUGAAAGAUCGCAUUAAAGCAACAUACGGAUACAUUGCUGGUUCCAUAGUAUUAACUGGCGGUAGCGCCUACACAGUAUUCAGAACACCUGCAUUGUUAAAUCUAGUUGCAAGAAAUGGGUGGAUGUCCAUCAUAGUAACUCUAGGCAUGAUGAUUGGCUCUGGAAUGGUGGUGCGAGGCAUGGACUACACACCUGGAUUUGGUGCCAAACAAUUAGCUUGGAUAGUACACACUGGCAUCAUGGGUGCUGUCAUUGCACCCAUGUGCUUCCUGGGUGGCGCUGCUCUUACUCGUGCUGCUUGGUACACAGCUGGUGUUGUAGGUGGUCUAAGCACAGUUGCAAUCUGCGCUCCUUCAGGUGAAUUCUUGAACAUGCGAGCACCGCUAGCUAUGGGACUGGGAGCCGUAUUCGCUGCAUCUCUGGCCAGCAUGUUCGUACCACAAGCUACCGCACUUGGAGCAGGACUCUAUUCAAUCAGUUUGUAUGGUGGUCUGAUAGUAUUUGGCGGUUUCUUGUUGUACGACACACAAGCUAUCGUUAAGCGCGCCGAGAUGCACCCCAUGUACGGAUUACAGCCCUACGACCCGAUAAACUCUGCUAUUUCGGUAUACCUUGACAUCAUAAACAUCUUCAUGCGAAUUGCCAUCAUUAUGUCUGGAGGCGGCGGCAACAGGAGGAAGUAAAAAAUAUAGAACCUGUCUAGUCCUUUGAUGGUAUAAUAGGGUAGAUUACUAAAUUUUAUUUUAAUGUCUGUCUAAUGGAUUAAUUUAAAAUAUUAGACACGUAUUCUUUCUUUUCUCAAAGAAUUCAAUACUUGCGACGAUCUAAUGAUUUGAAAUAUCAUGUGGCGUCACGAUUUACUACAUUUUAUAGGGAGUCGUGACGUCGCUAUUGUUUUUGUAUGACAAAAUAAAAAAAUGCGUGUCUAAUAUUUUUUUAUUAUCAAACCUUGUCAGCUACCCUAUCAUUUGCUGUAAAAAAAUCGAACAAACAAAAUUGUUGGUAGACAGCAGAAACUUAGGAAAUAAAUAAAUAUAAUGUUGACUGAAACAUAAAUUCUGAAUGUGAUAUUAUUGUUGUGUAGUCAGUAAGUUGUUGGUGUAUGUCGUAUUAUUAUUUGGCAUUAAUAAAUGGACAAGUAGUCGUUAUUGGCUUUUUUUAUACCCCAAUGUUUGAUAUAUUAUUCGAAAUUAACAAUAGCAAAUUCAAAAUUUAAGAAAGACAAUUUAAGAACUUGUCUUAGAAAGUGUAUGUAUUAAUCAUUGAGCAGUGUUAUAUUUAUUUAGGACAAAAAGAAAUGAACUCGCACUAAUACUGCUGAUUACACAACAGAUCUGAAUUCCAAACUGUAGAAACAAGCAAUUAUUUAUUCAAAUAAUAGAUUUCAGAGUAUUCAAACAAA